CACCGCCUAAAGUAAUGAAGUUGAUGGGCAUGUUAGGAACUUGGAUCUUAAAUUAUUGAACUUGUGCAAAAAAUGCAAGUCACUUUUUCUUCUUUUGACUUCUUCAAUGAUAUCAUUACCAUGAAAAUUUUCUGGUAUCAUCUUUGCCCCCUUUGAAUUAGAUAGUUUUUCUUUUCUUCUUUCUUUUCCCUUAAACUUUCUAUGUUAAAUUAGAGAAUGAAGAGAUUGUGGUUUCACCCCAAGGCUUGUUCCAUUCUCUUAACAUUCAUCCAGCUAUCUUCUCUGGCUGUUAAUUAAACCUAACUGGUUUGAGCAUAUUUCCAAUUUAUCUAACAUACAAUUGAUAAAUUGUCUCUUUAAUCUAGCAGACAAUCAGAAUUUAAUUUAUUUUGGUAAAUUUUGUGAUAACAUGAUUAUUUUCAUUGUUCUUUCAUCAACUGGCUGGCUUAACUUUUGAAUGGUCCUAAUAAUGCUUUUAGUUAUGAGUUGCAACAUUUGCUCCAUUUGCAGUUUGAAGUAAUGUUUUUUUUUAUUCAUAUUCAGUUUGUGGUUGCUUAACGUUGAGAUAUUGUACAUGUAUUCAUGGGUGUGGUUCAGCUUAUAUGUAUCAAUAAUCUUAUGUCAUUUAUUUCCUGUGCAGAAUGCCUUUAUACCUUGGCUUGUUAGGGACUGGAUUGAAUCUUGCCAUCAUGUUUUAUACAAGUAUGUUGGCAUGGACUGUAAGGAGGGUUGAUGAAAAGUGGGAAUGGUUAAACAUUACAGCUUUGCCGUAUCUUACCUUGCUUGGACUUGUCUCCUUUUGCUUGCUCUGCUUUGCUCUGUGGCCUAUAUGGGGUUUCUUGACCCUUCCUCUUCUGUUUACGCUGUUUAUGGCUGGCUUGGUCGUAUACCCUCAUAUCAUGAUUGAGAAAUUGAGGCCACAAAAUGAAUUUUUUCCGCAUGGAUUAAGCGUAGUGGUAUAAAGACACAGUACUAACUUUACAUGAAAAUACAAAUAAAAAAGAUGGAUGGUUGGCAGCAUCAGCUAUUGACCGCAAUUGUUUUAGCUUUCGGCCUUUGCUUCUCAUGACAUUUUGUGCCCUAUUGGUGCUGCUGAUGAUACAGCUAAUUGUCUUUAUCAGUCUGAAUUUACAUCAAAAUGUCAACCUUGCCUUGAUGGUGCUUGGUGCACCUUGUUAUUGCAUCUUAGGAUUUUGCGUACUAUGAUCAAAUCUGGAGGACAGGUCUCAUCUACUUUAACUUUUGUGUUCAUCUGAUGAUAUUGAGGCAUCAUUUAGUGAUAGACAGGAUUGUUCUUUCAGAAGAAACUCUUUUGUAUUGAACCACAUCUCUGCUGCAGGGCAUUCCUCUUCUGUUUCUGCAGUGUAUACUUAUCUGAAAUGAAGACGAUACAACGAAAAGAGCUUGGUUUUCAUGUUACAAUCUGAAAAUUUAUCUUUCUUGUUAUCGUCUUUCUAAAAUCACCCAUCUCUUGUUUCAUUUUUCCUUUGUUGUUCAGCUGCAAGUGGUCGAUCAUUUUGUUUUAUGACUCUUCGCUAACAGGCUUGAGCUUGCCCAAUUUGAAGACUGAAAAAUUAGAAAAUAGAGUCAUAGCUAAACUCCUGAAAAUCUCAAAGUAUGAUAAUCAAAUGAUCAUAUCCCAACUUCCCAAGUUGGGAAGAGAAAACCUCAGCCUGACAUGGCUUUGAAUAUUUUUAUCUUGGAUUUAGACCGAGUAGAAUUGGACAAUGCUCAAUCAUUUAA